UUUGUAGUCAUCCCAUUUUUUAACUGUUUUAUUAUGACUGUCAAGUCAACACAAGAAGUACAAAGGUCUGCGAAGCAAGAUAUCCUGAUAUCUUUCAGUGUAUCAGCAUUCAUAAUUGUGGGGAAAAAUACCCAUUCCCACCAAAUGUUGGAUUUGAAUUUCCUAGGAACUAAUGUUCUUGGAAGUAAAAGGUUUCUGUGACCCAUUGUGUUUUGCAUUGACAUACCUCCAAGUAGUCUUCCAGUCUCAACCUAAGGGGUCCCCAAACCUUUAGGCAGGCCAAAUUAUUUCCUCAAAAAUGGUCAGAAACGUAAUUUUGUGGCUUGCACUUGCGGUCCAAACAUACAUAGUUCUGGGAUUAAAGUUCCUGGUUCCUGGGUGAAUUUUCUCCGGUGGUAAAAAGGGGUCUUUUGAUGAUAGCUGAAGUCAACUAAUCUAGCAAUGAGGAAUGUCCCGAUCCAAUAUUGAUAUUGGAUACUAGUCUAGUAUCAGCAAAAAAAAGCCUGUAUUGGAUUAUGUCAUGUUAUAAUCUCUGAUAUUGUCACUCCGAUACGAUCAGUCCAUUCCAUACGCCGUGCAGCACUUCUGUUCAGCAUGCAGAGCCCAUGUGAUUACGACGACAGCGUGUGCUAGCGUGUUUCGCAAGGAGCAUGAGUGAUGUCAGCAGUGUGGCAGUAUGGGUCAGUUUUUCUCAUCCCUACUCACUGUUGGCAAUAUCACUUGAUCAAGCCUUUGAUUUUGAUGGGUUGUAGAUGUCCAAUCAUCCUAUUUUUCACCAGUACCAUUUUAUCAAGAAUUUCACUAGUUGUUGGCUAUAAUGAUUUUCAUCAGCAUCGUGGGCUAUUGGUGCUAUGGAGCUAUCAAUGGAAGUAAUUAUUAGGCUUUGAAUAAGCAGUUGACACACAAACAAAAAUCUAUAUUCUCAAUUCUUCUUCCGUAUCCUAGUAGGCUUUAUAAAUGUGACCAACUCCAACUGCUAUCCAGGUCACCAAACACACACGUAAACUCUCAGAGCCAAUCAUGAGUUUAUGUGUGAAGAUUACACAUAAUUAGAUGGAUUGUGUGACGCUCCGUGAGCGCGUUCACGCACGCCUCGCACAUGAUUAAUCACUUCCAAACUCCAUGCAGCGACACAGAAGUGGAUGUGUCAUGUGUGGGGGCUGUCUGUGGAGAGGGAAAGGGCAAGAGUGGAGGAAAGAGAUGACGGAAAGGGUCAACUUGUUUGGUGCUGAGGACAUGUCUGUGUCCGUUUCCUUGCUGUGUUUCCUCCGCUCGACUCCCCCGUCUCUUCAGCCUGCACACACACUUGACUGGGCGUUGACAGAGCAGCACAAUGAGCAGGGAGCAGCUUGAGGGCGAUUUAGCAAGGUGUUUCCUGCAACCGCCGCUGCAUCAACACACUCGUCUGGAUCUUUCUGUCCUCCUCCAAUUAGUUCCAUCUCCUGUGGUUUAAAAGUGAAAUAGCCCUGUUUGAGUUUGUCAUCUUUUAUUCAUGCUUUGUUCAUGGUUUAUACAUGUGCUGCUCAAGUAUUUGCAGGGCGAAUUAAUAUUGGAUUAUAGGCAGCCUGACUUCAUUCAUGAGGCUGGAAUCCCCCACGCUGCUCUCAAACACAAACGGCUGUGCAUUGCUCCGCCAUGGAGAAGAUGAAGAGGAUCAAGAAACGUCUGUCAUUAACACUCCGCUCAAGUCAGACCAUCGAUGAGUCGCUCUCUGAGCUAGCAGAGCAGAUGACUAUCGAGGAUGGCGGCACAAAGGACAAUGAGCCCUUCAUGAGGAAUGGCCGCCCUCCAACCUCCCACAGCAUGCACUCCUUCCUGCACCAAUACACAGGCUCCUUCAAGAAGCCACCGCUUCGACGACCACACAGCGUCAUCGGCGGCACCCUGGGUUCCUUCAUGUCCAUACCACGCAAUGGCAGUCGCUUGGACAUUGUGCAUGAGAACCUGAAGAUGGGAUCAGAUGGAGAAAGCGACCAAGCAUCAGGGACGUCGUCUGAUGAGGUUCAGUCCCCGACAGGGGUCUGUCUGAGGAACAGAGUCCACCGGCGAAUCUCCAUGGAGGACCUCAACAAGCGUCUGUCACUCCCUGCUGACAUCCGAAUUCCUGACGGCUACCUGGAGAAGCUGCAGCUCACCAGCCCGCCCUUCGAUCAGCCACUCAGCCGCCGCUCACGCCGAGCAUCGCUGUCGGAGAUUGGUUUUGGCAAGUUGGAGACCUACAUUAAGCUGGACAAACUGGGAGAGGGAACGUACGCUACAGUAUUUAAAGGACGCAGUAAGUUGACGGACAACCUCGUGGCCCUGAAGGAGAUCCGGUUGGAGCACGAGGAAGGAGCGCCAUGCACUGCUAUCAGAGAAGUAUCAUUACUAAAGGACCUUAAACACGCCAAUAUUGUGACGUUACACGACAUUGUCCACACCGACAAGAGCCUCACGCUCGUGUUUGAGUACCUGGAUAAGGAUCUGAAGCAGUACAUGGAUGAUUGUGGAAACAUAAUGAGCAUGCACAAUGUGAAGGUCUUCUUGUUCCAGAUUUUGCGUGGACUGUCGUAUUGUCACAAGAGGAAAGUUCUCCACAGGGACCUGAAGCCUCAGAACCUCCUCAUCAAUGAGAAAGGAGAGCUUAAAUUGGCUGAUUUUGGUCUUGCAAGGGCAAAGUCCGUCCCGACCAAAACGUACUCCAACGAGGUGGUGACUCUUUGGUACCGGCCUCCUGAUGUUCUGCUGGGAUCGUCUGAGUAUUCAACACAGAUUGACAUGUGGGGUGUUGGCUGUAUAUUUUAUGAGAUGGCUGCAGGUCGGCCGCUAUUCCCCGGCUCCACAGUGGAGGAUGAGCUCCACCUCAUCUUCAGGUUACUUGGCACACCGACGGAAGAGAACUGGCCGGGAAUAUCUUCCAUCGAGGAGUUCAAAUCCUACAAUUUCCCCAAAUACAAACCUCAGCCAUUCAUCAACCAUGCUCCCAGACUGGAUGGCGAAGGCAUUGAGCUGUUGCUGGCUUUCCUCAGAUAUGAAUCCAAGAAGAGGAUCUCAGCCGAGGAGGCGAUGAAACAUUCCUACUUCAGGCAUCUCGGAAUGAGAGUUCACACACUGCCUGAGAGUGUCUCCAUAUUCACGUUAAAGGAGGUGCAGCUGCAGAGAGACCCAGGUUACAGGAACUCUUCAUACCCGGAGUCAGGGAAUGGCAAGAUCAACCGGCGGCAGAGCAUGCUCUUCUAAUAUAGAGGAAGGACAUCAUCCCUCUCUACCUGACCAACCUCUCUCGCAUGAAGCCCCCACGGUGACCUCACCCUUCCUGUUGUACCCACACACACUCAUUCACGUGCACACACCCCUCUUGAACGACAAUAUUAGGUUGGGGAUUCUAGUUUAAGUUUAUUUAUUGACAACAGUGAGGGGGGGGCUGUUUGCUGCUAAAAUACUACUGUAUGUAUUUAACACACGCCGUGUGUGUGAGCGCGUGUGUGCAUGUAAUGUGAAGUUGAGCCGCCAUGCACAGUUACAGCAGUCAGUAAAGAUUGCAGUAAGAUUCUCCUUAGAGAUUCUGUUUUAGAAUUCCACGGAUGUUCAUGUCCUGGCUGUGACUCAAGUUUGAGAGACCACUUUCUUUUUUUUUUUAUAUAUAUAUUAAGAAAAUAUACACGUGUAUAUAUGUAUUGAUUUGAUGAUUUAUUUGUCCAUCGAGCUUCUUUGACUGAAUACUUUACAGCAUUUCCAGGUCUUAGUUUCUUAGGGUUUGUUUGUUUUUUUGACACUUCUGAUUCUACCAAGGAGUAUUAGGACCACAAAAAACACAAAGAAAUACGAGGAAAAAAGUCAUAAUACUACAAGAAUAAAUAAAUGAUAUUUUAAUAAGUGAAUGUGGAAAAUAUAUAAUAAAUAAAUCAAUUAAUGGUACUAAUAUAACAAAUUAUGAAGGCAUGUAUACACAUUAGUAUGACUUAAUAGUAUGACUUAUUAGUAUGACUGCAAUAUUAUUACCUUAUUUUCAUUCAAUUAGGACUUUUCACAGUAUUCCCCUUUCUUUUUGUCAUAUCGAGCCUUCAUUCUGAUCUUAUUCUGACUUUUUCAUUCUCCUUUUUCCUAAAUGUACUGCUUGUAUUGCGACUUUGUCCUUGAAAAAUUACUACUGCCAUUUGUCAUACAAUUGCUUUAUUCUCCUAUACACUACAACUUUUUUCAACAAAACGUUCAGCAAGAUUGCCCAGUUGUUAUUAUGAUUUUAUUUUUUUU